GUCGUACUAACAUUAUGAAACAAAAGAAACAAAAUUCUGUAUUGAAAUUUCAUCUUCUACGUAAAGAAAAAGAAGACGCUGGCCGUCAAAGAAAGCACUCUGCUUGAACACCUCACAAAUUCUAAGAUAGAAGAUCAAAUAAGCGCUGGUACGCUUGGUGAAUUGGUGUGCUGAUGAAAAUUUACUAUUUUCACACAUAUUUUAUAGAGACAGAUAAUCAUGGGUGGAAUUUUUAAUAAUUCUGUGACAUUUCUGGUGGUGAUUGGCUGCGCAUGCGCACUUUGUGUUUUUUUGAUGUUGUGUGUAUGUCUCUUUUGUAUCAGAAAAAAAAAUGCUAAAACUUCAAAAGGAAAAAGUGUCAAGGAUAAAAAAGAAACUGUUGAGAUGGACAGCUUGUUGUUUGUAUACGACACGAACGUCGAGAGACAACAGUCCCCAACUCGUUAUCCAGCAUCUUGCCCUGUUAGUCCCAGUGAAAGUGAACUUAGUAUUAAAAAAUCGUCCAGUCACUUAGACCUAACACAACCAAGAUACAGCCAAGAUGGUGGAGCGUAUCGUAGAAAUUCUAUGGAUCCAAGUGAUCUGGAUUUAAGGUUGUAUCAAGAUGAAGAAGAAGUCAGCUCACCUUAUAUCGGUCUUGGGAAAUUGUCACUAUCGUUAUCGUACAACAAGACAAAUGAAAAGCUCAGUGUAUAUAUAGGCAAGGGGUUGAAUAUACAAGCUAAACAUACAAACUCGUCACCAAGCCCUUAUUUAAAAGUAUGCUUACUACCAGAUAAGAAGAGAAGAAUGCACUCGAAAACACGCAAAGGUGAACAUCCAGUUUUCAAUGAAGAAUUUAUUUUUUCUGUACCGCAGGCCGAACUGGCCAAACGUAUCUUGAGAAUUGCAAUUUGUGAUUUUGACCGGUUUUCACGACAAACCGUGUUAGGUUAUGUAGUUGUUGGCUUGCAAGAUGAAAUGGAAAAGCUCUUACAGGGCAAUGAUGCAGUCGAGGUUUGGAAAGAUUUGUCGGAUAACGACGCACUGCCUGGACUCUGCAAAGGAGAGCUAUUGUUCUCCCUCUCCUAUCUUCCAACAGCAGGCAGAAUAACAAUUGCAGUUGUUAAAGCCAAAGAUUUAAAUAUUCACAGAGACUCAGGAGUCGCUGUGAAGGUUAACCUUGUGUUAAAUGGAAAAGUUGCAAAGAGCAAGAAAACAUCAGUUCAUAAGUUAGACAUCGCUGCACCGACAUUCAACGAAUCUUUUGUUUACGAAAUAUCCGGCGAUCUUUUGGAUCGCGCAAGUUUCAUUCUUAUUGUUUACGCCUAUAAUAGUAACGGAAAAAGAGUAAUUGGUAAAGCGAACACCGGACCUUACAUGUACUCUACCGGUACAGGGUUGACGCACUGGAAUGAUAUGUUGCUACAACCUAGACGAACUAUAUCUCAUUGGCAUACAUUAAUGUGAUUUACCUAAAAACUGCA